CACAGAGGACCAAGCAUCAAGCCACCACUUCUUCUCCGCGACUCCGCAACUUCAACUUGUUCAACCCGCCAAAUUUCUAGUCGCCCAGCUCCCGCUAUAUUCAAGCGGACCAUGAGCUGACAAUGCGGAAUAAGAAUGGAGGCAAUAUGGGAGCCUCCUCUGCUAACCCACAGACAAACGCUACAAUCGAUGACAAACCAGCCAUGACGACCAGCGCGAAGCGUAGCCUCCCGCCAGAGAAGCCAGAGGCUAUUCGGACCAGAACACUAGUGAUAUCUGCGUUUUGGGCUGUUAUAAUAUUCCUGGGCCUUCCGAUGUGGUGGAAGACAACGUCCAUUUACAGAGCGAGACUUCCGUUGGACGAGAUGAAGGAUUGGGCAGAUGGCAAGGCAUGUCGACCAGUCUUCCCCUUACAGAUUCUCGUCCAUGCUCCGUCAAUGAAUGCGCCUGAUGCCGAACACCUUAUUCGCACCACCCAACAUGCCCUAGACGAUUUGAACGAUUUCUCCGCACACCACCUCAGGCUUCGGCUAGUAGAAACGUCUAAGAGCCUAGGAGAACAAUCGGAGGCUAUACAAAUAGCAGAACCAGAUGCUGAGGAGAAAGAGAAUGCAGCCCUGAGUAUUAGGUUGCUUCCGCGAGAGGAAGUGGCCACACCGAGUUCAGAACUACAUGCGUACUCUGAAAGACUGGACAUAUUUUAUCCAGCUAACCAAGCACCGCUUACUUCGACACUGAAUUCACUCCUUGCUACAUUUAUCGCGGCAGAAGUGCAGAAACUGUUCAAUGAGGAGAAAGCAACAAUUGCAUAUAUCCUAUCAAAAAGCAACACCCUUAGUCCAUCACCUCAACCCUCGAUUCCAGGAGGUCACGCCCCUUCUGUGAAUAACAGAGAGCAAGGAGUGGCAGCCAUGAAGGCGGUAGCCCCCCAAUUGGCGGAGUCAAUUGUUCGUCGCACCACCCGUUCUUUUAAAUAUGCCGAAACCUAUCAUUUAAGCUUCUCGCUUUUCACACCGGGGCCGCUGCCAUCUUCAUGGGAUAUCGAACCAGCGCUGCAAGAUUACCUGUUACCGCUUCUAAGAACGUAUUUGCCCAUUAGCAACUUCUCCAUCGACACGCAGGUGCAGGUAUACGCAAGCUUUGCCCCUAGCGCGACACAGCCAGAAUUCGACGAAUCACUGGACGCCUGGACGCUUAAGAAGGAAGAGCUAGGUUCAUUCAUCAACGCUGCGGAAUGGCCUUUAAGCCCUAGCAUCGGCAAAAGCCCUACAAUAAAUUUCAUCCUCUACGUCCCUUCACCAAGCGAAUCUCCCCUCAUCAUUAAAGAAAAUCGCGCCACUAGCUGGCUCAUCCCUCAAUGGGGCGGAGUCUUCAUCCUCAACCCACCCCUUGAUCCGUCGAUGAUUCCUAGGGCAAACCCACCCCAUCUCCCCAAAGACUCACUCCAAAACCCCCUAUCUACCUUCUCCCAUCAACUCCUUACACUCCUUGGUACCCCGUCCUCCCCCGCAUCCCUCCCCCUCCGCCUCCAAGCCUUAGUACGCAUCCAUACAGCCUCCCUCCUCCUCUCCGCAUCUUCAACCAUGGGCUCGCUGGCCCGUCUUACACGCUCUCUUGCUUCAAUCCCCAUCCCACUCAGCGUAGCCAACUCCGUUUCGACCACUCUUUCGCAUCUCUCGGCUACAUGCGAUCUCUUGCGUGAGGGCCGCUUCAAACAGGCGUUGGCGAGCGCACGCGUUGCGGAGAAUGAGGCUGAGCGCAGCUUUUUUGAAAAGAGUAUGGUUGGGCAAGCGUAUUUCCCGGAUGAACAUAAAGUUGCGGUAUACCUGCCACUGCUGGGACCGAUUGGGGUACCCCUCGUCUUGGGCCUGAUAAGAGAAGGGAAAAGAGUAAUUCUGACGAUGAGGGGGGUUAGGUAGAUCUCUUCACUUUUUUUUUUUUUUUUUCUUUUUUAAUACCUCUUCUCCUUUCUCCUUGUCUCUUUUUUUCAGCCCGAAGUCCAUGUGUAUUCUAUUCAUUUACUAUUUUUUGAUGUUUUACAUCGGGGUCGUCACCCAUCCUUGGUAGACAAUCACCACAACUGGAAUACUUCUUUUAAGAUACCUACAAGGAUAAAAAUCGCAGGCCGAGAUCCGAUUUAACCCCUCUGUCCUUUUUUCCCCUUCUUUAUCGCGCGAAACAAAAAUCCAAAGAUAGAAUUUCCUUUCCUCGCCACCCCUACCACCAACCAACCAACCAGCCAACCAGCCAGCCAGCCAACCAGCCAGCCACAGCCACAGCAACCAACCCAACAUCCCAUCCACACCAACGUCUAUUCUCAAACCUAACAUCUCAUAUCCAUAAUUCAUUUCAAACCAGAACUCCAUCACGAUAGCGGCAAUUAGGCCUCGGCUAUCCAAUCCUUCCCGCCACCUAUAACACAUAUGAUCACAUCUUGAAUUCGCAGCAGCCACCACCACCACCCGCCUCAAAUGGCUACGUUGGUAAAAGGUAUACUUACUCUACUACACUCCUACGCCCUCUUGUUCGCUCACGUUCUCUCGGUCAGGUAACAUCCGCGGGCCCGGCCCCUGGAAAUUCCAGCGAGCCUCGGGAGGAUUGUUGACUUGCCAAAGUUCAUGUAGCACGGGCGAUGGGUGGUGGUACGGUACCUGUGGGCCGAAACCGGGUGAUUGACGCUUUUCACGCGGGAGCUUGAUUCUCCCUUUAAUGUGCUUGCUUGCCGGGGGGGGGGGGGGGGGGGGGGGGGUAUGGAAAAAAUGGGGUUUCUUUACAAGAUAUCACAUAGACUCGGUUAAGUCAGAUCCCCUUCUGGUCAUGGAGGGUAAGGUCGGGAGGAAUAUGGUGAUGUAUGGGGAAAUGUGAGGGGGAGCGAGGGGGAUAUAGAUAGAAGUCACAAAGGGUAUUUUAUUGGGGGCCAGAGGUAUCUUGGGCUUGGGACCAGGCCCGGAAAAGCGACUCUGUCUAACUACUAACAGACUGCUUCGGUUCAAUUUUAGAGUGGGAGUUGAGUUCCGGACCACAGCCAACCAUUUCGUUUGAACAAAGAUAUCCAUCAAGAGUAAAUUUGAGUAAAUUUGAGUUUUCCGGUUCCUGGUGGGCUUAUUCUAAAUAUUUGACAAUGUUAUGGAACCAGAUAUCCUACAAUGUACCUAUGGUGCUAACUGUGGAUAUGAGUGUGGAUGUGGUUUCACGUUAUUUAAAAGAAUGCUAAUAGGAAUGUAAAUCUUUUAGUUCGAACAAAGCGAGAUAAACUCAUGUGAGCUUCAUACUACAUAAGCUUGAGGGGAGAAUAUCCAUGUUUCUGAUUGUUUAUGCCUGCUGUAGCAGCAAAUCCGAGGGGAGUGCACAAGAGUCAAAAGCUACCCGUCGGCUCAUAUAGUAAGUAGCAGGCAGAUAAUCUCGCAUGGCAGUUGCAGAUAAAUACAUGUACAGUACAUAGCACGGUUCGCAUGUAGGUUGCAUAUCGUAGAUGGGCGACGUGAUAAUUGAAGUCACCAUGCACGGGGGCGCUUGGUUCAUUGGUAAUAGACAAAGAAAGGGAGACCAGGGAGGUCGGAUACGGGGUGAAGAUCAGUGGCCUCCUGCAGCCGAUGGAGCAAAAACAUGGGCUGAGAAGAAAAGAAAAAUGUAAGUCUUGGG